GCGGCGGCGGUACCCAUGGCCCUGCCGGCGGAGGCGGACCGGCUGGAUGGGGGCUGGCAGGAGGUCUACUCUGCGCUCCAGUGGAUCCAGUUCACCAUGGCCAUGCUCAGCGUUGUAGGUUCCAGCUCAAUUAUUGCCUACGCCGUCUUCCAAAACGCAGUGCGGUCCCCCGAGGUGCGUCCACUUUUCUACCUGAGCCUCUCAGACCUGCUGCUGGGCCUGUGCUGGCUGGCUGGGGCCCUGCUUCACAGCUCACCCACCUCCCAGCAAGACCUCAUCUGCUACAACCUGCAGGCCACGGGACAGAUAUUCUACGUGGCCUCUUUUCUCUACACUGUCAACUACACCUGGCACCUGUACAUGGACCUCAAGGUGAAAUACAACCAGAACCUCUGCAGGGUGCCCCCCCAGGUUGUAGAUUAUGCAAGUUGUGUUGGCCGAAUAGCCACGAUCUUGUCAAGCCUGAUCCCUUUCCUCCUCAUGGUGCCGGUGUUCUGCCUGGGCAACAGCAGUAACUGCUACCAGAACUUCAGCCAGAAGCACGGGUGUCUCCUGAUGCACACGGAGGUGGCCGAGCCGCCCGGCGAGCCGCAGGGCCUGAGCGGCUCCGUUUGCCGCGCGAUGCAUUUCUACGGCGUCGGCGUCUUCCUCGUCUCCUUCCUCGUCAGCUUCGUGGCCAUCCUGGUUAUCCUGAGUCAGGCCCGAGGGCUGUACAAGAGGUUUGUGAACUCCACAGGGUUCCUGGGGGAUCAGCAGUGGGCCAUGAUUAAGAUGGUGGAACAAAGGGUGGUUUUUUACCCCAUUGCCUUCUUCUGCUGCUGGGCCCCAGCUGUCCUCCUUGGAAUGCUGAAAUUGGCAGCUUCAACAACCAGCAAAAUCUACAUGGCUCUGCUGAUCCUGCAGGCUCUCACCGCAGCUUCCCAGGGGCUCCUGAACUGCCUGGUGUACGGCUGGACCCAGCACGCGUUCCUGGCCCUGAAGCGCGGCUCCCGCCGGGACGUGGACACGCAGACCCCGCUCCUGCGCUCCCAGAAGAAAUUCUACUCCAGCACAGCCCCGUCCGGCCCGCCCGAACCCGCGGGCUGCUCCUCCACCCUGCUCUGA